CAGUUCUGCACACAGAGAGGCAGUCAUCCUCCCUCACCUUGGCCUGUAAUCUGCACAGGACGGUGGCCUGGUCACAGGGGCCCGUGGUGGGGAGGUUGGGAAGUUAACACUCUGGCCUCCGCCAUCAUGUCGGCCAAGAGGGCAGAACUGAAGAAAUCAAACCUGAGCAAGAACUACAAGGCAAUGUGCCUGGAACUGAAGCCCGAGCCGACCAAAGUAAGAAGCUCUUUUGAGGCCAUGCCGACAGCCAGGCCUGAGACCCGUGGGGAGGUGACUUGGAGUCAGGGGUCGUUCGCUGUUCCUGGCGGCCAAGACCUGUCCCAGACGUAUGACUACAAGGGAAUUAAACAAGAAGGGCUGUUUACCAAACCAGGAGGGACACAGGAGCUAAGGACUGAACUCAGGGAGGUGAAGGAAGAGCUCAAGGAAAAAAUGGAUGAGAUCAAACAGAUAAAGGGCAUAAUGGACAAGGAUUUUGAUAAACUCCAGGAAUUCGUGGAGAUUAUGAAGGAAAUGCAGAAGGAUAUGGAUGAGAAGAUGGAUGUUUUAAUAAAUAUGCACAAGAGCAGCAAUCCCCUUAGAAGAGGUCCAAAGGAGCAGCAGGAGUUCAGGCUGACGGCAAAGACGGACACAGACCCACAGCUCCGGCUCAAGAAAGUGGACGGAGCUGAUGGCAUGCCACUCACUCUCCACGAGAAGAUGAUGGCACUUCAGAAACCAAAAAAGGACCCACUGGAUUCCCUUCAUCAAGGCAGGACCUGCUGCGAAAGAUGUUUGUUGUGUGCCCAAAAGAACAACUACAGUCAGGGCAGAAAACUUCCAUGCCAUUCCUGGGUACCCUUUUCAUCCUUGGCAUCUGGAGCUGCUUUCUGAUUUCUCUGUGCUUCAAGCCCUAUGCGGGGGAAGGUGUGCUUCCAACCUAGAGCCACCACAGAGCCCACCGGCAGCCCCGGCCCUUCCUCUCCACUCCUUGAGCUGCACGAUGAAGGCGUGGGGCCCUCUGACACGCCACCCCGCCCCAGGCCUCCUCCCACCCGGAGAUUAAAACCCUCACUUUAAAGCCAAA